AUGUGUUUGGCACGGACCAAGUCAGCCGUGGCCUACCAGAAGCUGGAGGUGAACCGACGUGGACCUUCGAUAUACACCAUCCUGCAGGGCUCGGCUCUGGAGAUCGUAGAACACCUGGAGUUUGAAGAAUACGACUGCGAAGACGGUGGCGACAAGCUCGUCGAGCUGCCUGCGCGAAUCCUGCUACAUCGCUGCGGGUUCACACCAGACCAGCUUGCGACCGUGAAGGCGAAGGCGGCAGAGUAUAUGGCCGAGGCUGGCGCGCUGGUGGCCGACCAGGCCGACGAGGCAGAUGAGGAGUGGCAGUCCGAGAUUGGCCACGUCACCGCCGCCAUCGCGAAGAGUGAUCUUCCUCUGCUACUGAGCAAGCCCCUGCUCAAGGCCCAACAAGGGCGCGUGGACUUCGCGACGAACGGCAUCGCCUUGGACGCGUUAGCGGUAUGGCAGGCCGAGGAGGAUGGCGCGCCGCAGCGGCACGUGUUGUUCGUGGUCGAGCAGUGCAGGAGUCCGGUGCGGUGCUUCGGGUGUGGAUCCCCUGUGCAGCGCCGGGCGAUGCGGGUUAUCUUCCAGGACCGCGCGGCUGCGGCCCAGGAGCUCGCGCAGCUCCCGGAGGGCCCGGCCUCGAUCCAGCACUUCCAGUGGCCGCCGGCGCAGCCGCGGGCGGCCGCCGCCGCGCCCCUGGACCCGCUGCGGCGCCGGCUGCUGAGCCGCGAGGGCGACUUUACGCCGGAGGACUACGAGCUGCUGCUGGAGCUGGACGCGAGCCAAGGGUGCGGGGCGCGCGGCUCCUCCAGCUCCGCAGGCGCAGCUCAACUGCUCUUGGCGCGGCUUCCCACGCGCACCGUGGCGGAGGGCCCCGCGCAGGGCCAGUGCAGCAUCUGCCUGGAGCAGAUGGCCACCGGGGAGGAGGUGCGGACCUUGCCUUGCAUGCACGUUUUCCACCGCGGGUGCAUCGACCGCUGGCUGUCGAUGCCCGGGCCCCCGCGGUGCCCCAUCGACCAGGCCGUCCUCGAGCCGGCCUGA